GGGGAAUGUGCCUCCACAACGCCGCGAAAGCUGCCCGCGAGUGGCUUUCGCGGCGUUGUGGAUGACAGCAUGCAUCGUUUCUCGCAAACAUUCCCUUUCCAUAUGGCUGGUCUCUUCUGCGCCGCCUUCGACAACGAUAGGCACACACACCUUCUCAGGGGGGUGUGGCUGGGUGGUGGACGGAUGCCAUUACUCAUUAACGGGGUGGUGUCUGGUCCGGGUUCUGGAUCUGCACGACCUGAUGGUGUUUGUUGCGUUGCGCCGAGAUCUCUACCUACCUAACAUACAUCUUGCUCGAGAACAGGAUAUGGAGUGUUAUAGGGGGUACAGCAUGUAUGUACCUUUUAUUACCCUCCUCCCCUGGGUGGUGGUGGUGCUGGUGACAUACUCCUCAUCCUCCAACAAUGGGGGGGUGCGGCGGUCUUCAAUAAGUACAUCAAUGAUGCCGUCAACGACACCACCACCGACGCAUGUUUUCUGGCCAAGUACACUCACAGAAUCAUGCGUCGCUGUGCUGGCUCGUCUCAUAGGCAGUCGCUCUACUCUGCUAUGGACGGCCAGCCAGCCAACCAUCCGCAAAUGGGCGGGGAAAGAAAUCGAAGAGUUGGCAGAUGCGGUGUGGGGCUGCACACAAACAGCCACACCCAUGAGGGUGGCCGUUUGUGUCCCUGCUAAUACUACGUAUACUACAUUACUCGUCUACUCGACCUAUGCCAACAACCCAUCCCAAAUCCAUGGGGAAAGAGUUCGAAGAACUAGCCGAUGUGCUGUGGGCUGCACCCCCAGCCAUCACUGUGUCGCUAUCCAUCAUCACACAUAUUCAACGCGGGCAGUCUACUUACUACUCUGCCUUAGGGGAUCUGGGAUUCCAGAUCCCCUGAAAGACGCGUCGUCUUGCUGGGGAGGUUAUAGCGGUUAUACCACUAUGCGAUGUACCUACUUAGGGCGUGCAUCCAUGUGUGGUGGUGAACUUCGACACACAUCAUGUGUCAGUGGGGGAGGGGAGAAGAAGGCCUCGACGAUUUUAGGCCCUCUGUGUGGUCGUCUUUGUUCUAGCUAGUAUUUUGUAUGGUUUACUUGUCUACUCUGCGUUGAUUAGUAGAUCCCGGGUAGACCCUUGACACUUACUCUUCGAAUGGUGGAUGGAUGGAUGGAUGGAUGGAUGGAUGGAUGGAUGGAU